AUAUAUGUAUUGGUAUGUGUGCAUGUGUAGUCGACUGAGAAUUGCUGUCAUCGUUCAACCGUUGGGGGUCUCUCCGGAAAUAAGUUGAAAGGCUGGAAGCAUCUAGCUAAGCUUUCUCAACCUCACAGAGGACCGACCACCGACAAAGACCAACCGUCUCCUCCACUUGGUUUUGCUCAGAAUGGAUUCUAUAGUGGUUCCUUAAUUAAACAAAACACCUCUUUUACCUUUCUUUAUCGCACUGGACCUGUUACUAUGGACAAACAGUUUAUCUCCAAGAGAUCACCUUCGCCAACUGGAUACAUAAAUGAAGGCACAGCUAUGUCAGAAGGAUGAACAAAAGGAGUUUACAAACAGUGAGUGAGGCCCAUGAGAAGUUUCAUGAAAACUUACCACGUCCACCAGUUCCUGGCAAGGAGAAUGAAAAUUACAGGCAAUCAUCUUGUACCGGUUGCAAGACGUCAAGUCCUUGUUGUGUUGCACCAUGUACCUCCGCCUCCUGCAAAGAUAAUGUCUGCAUCUCAACGUCUGGUAGCCAGGCGAACAGAGCAGCUGCUGGUACAGCAUCUGGACCACAGUCGUUGGCAUUGUUCUAUGGAACACCACACCAUGUACAGCAGCGACUGAAUGAAGCUGCACAUUGCAGCUCAGGUAUUUCUACAGCAGACUGCCCAGACACUAAAGAAAUGGAUGCACCGGAGGGUAGUGCAGUCAACACUCCCCCCUAUGCAGAAACAGAUGCUACGACGCCCCCUUAUUUGAAGUGGGCAGAAAACUUUGAUAAUCUUUUAGAUGACAGUGAUGGGGUGAAUCUUUUACAGACAUUUUUAACGCAAGAAACCGGUGCUGCAACUAUGUUGGAGUUCUGGUUUGCGUGUCAAGGUUUAAAGCAUCCUGCCCGUUCCGCGGGAGAAAUCCCUCACCUCAUCAAAGUAAUACACAAGAAGUUUCUUCGAGGGGAUUCUAUACCAUUCAUUAGCUCGGAAACGCGAAAAGAAUUAACAGAACGGUUAAAAAAACCUUUGAUGCUAGAUCAGUCAGUUUUCGACGGUGUGCAAGAAGAGGUUUUGAAUUAUCUUCGGAACAAUACAUACCCUUUAUUUUUGAAAUCUGACCUGUACGUUCAGUAUGUACAGCAAGGUGGAAAGAGUCCAAAGGGUAGUAGCAAUUCGUCCAGUGGUUCUAACAGUGUGCGCCCUGUAUCGGUGCCACUUCCUACUCUACCUGAAGAUCAGGAACUUAAUACUAGUACAGUUUUGCAAUCCCAUUCUGUGAUUCCCGGACCAUUAAUGAAACCGCCCAGUAAUAAUUUUAGGUAUUCUCGACUGGAGUCUACGUCAUGGAGAACAGAGACAAUAACAGGCUAUGGCAAUUAUGUUGAUAGGAACCAAUCAACCAAUUACCCACAGCAUAUUUCCUAUGCUCCUGUGUCUGCCCAGGACAGUGAGCUGCACAGUCUAUCCAGUGAAGCAACUAAUGAUGAUACUGUAUCAAUGACCGAUAGCAGUCUUGAUGGCAUUCCAAUCCAUACAAAAUCAUAUCAAAAGAGAAGAACAGUACGGAAGCGAGCGGAACAGAAUCGUGAGAGUAAGGACGCACCUAUUCACCAACAGUUCAUCCCUAGAACUGACCGAGCACCAAAAGACCGUAACAUUGCAGAAGUUGACACUGAAAAGUUUGCAUCCAUGUUAAUCGAGAGAUUAGAAAAGGUUCACUUGGAACAAGAAAGAGAUGAGAAGUUGAGGGAGAGUAUUCGUUGCAUCAGUGAGAGCAAUGAUAUUGAAGAGAGUAAAAACCUUGCUAAUGUCACAGCUUCAUCAAAGCUACCCCCACUUAUUCCAAUUGUGCCCAUUGAUGAUGAGCUAGCGGAUAGUAUCUUAGAGGAGCACUGCUCGCGGAUAUGGGAGAGUUCUGCCCAGCAGACGCCAUUUCGCUCUCCGGGCGGUCAUUCUCCGAAACCCAAAUCUCCUGAACGUGCACACCGUAAAGCCAUGGUGCCUGGUAUGCCUUCCGUUCCAGUGCCAGCACUUGCUUCCAAGGUGCACGCUCUCUACAAGAAGAAAGACAAGGACUUAAAUUCAAUGUGGUCAUAUGACAGUGGUGUGGGUGAAGAAAAGUCAAUCGGCGGUCAUCAUUCACAGGAGACCACCAUUUAUCAUCACCACCACCACCACCACCACAGUUCACGGGAAGGAAAGAGCCGGCAACAAAUUGAACACGAAGCACAGAAGCACAGUAUGUUGUGCUACAUGGGCGAGGCUGUAACUCGAAAUCACCCAGACUAUCAUCUUGCACACAAGGAUUCGGAACGUGGCCGGAGUCAUGUGCGAAAGUCCAGUGUUCGCAAACAUUCAGAUGCUAGCAGUAAUAUCGAUAGUGGGAUUAGUACCAUUUAUGAAAAGGAUACGUUACCAUCAGUACCAAACCUUUCGGCACCAACCACUGAGAAGGUAUUACAGUGGAUAAUGGCCAGUGACAGGUAUGCGAGCAGUUCUUCACAUACGGAGUCAGAUAAAAGUUCUUCCCACAAACGUUCUCACACUCACAAAACUCCAGUACCGACCACUGGGUCUCCUCAGCUUCAAAAACAAGGGUUUAGCAAAAAGCCCAGUAGUACUUUGUUGAAUCGUUCUGCAUCAGCUGAACGUGGUGGCAUGGCAACACUACCCUGGCUUGCUGGCUCAGUCAGUGGUACCAAUCAAGUGAUGCCUUCUCAACCAAUUGUGCAAGAUCCAUCAAUGCCUCUCUUAACCCCACCAAAUCCAACGACACAGCUGGAAGAAGCUAAAAGGCGGCUUGAAAGUAAUGAGCCUAAAAGGAGACCUGAUGACCAACAGGCACGACCUUUACCUGUAAAAUCAAAGUCUUUCAUUGGAGUGCCUUCUCGAGAGAAGCGAGUGCCGUCUUCAUUAAUGGCAGCUACUGGUUCUUAUCAAAUGCGAACAUUGCCCACCACAAAAACAGUUCCCUGUGACCUAGGUCUCUCUGCUGAUAAUCUUGCAGGACAUUCUGAAGGUCGUAAAUCAUCUUCAAAACGACCGUCUGGUAGUGUGACGGUACCAGGAACUCCGUGGGGACCGGAGGAAACUGUGAUAGGUUACUUUUUCUGUGGAGAACCAAUCCCCUACAGACAUACGGUACCAGGAAAAGAAAUCACUUUGGCUCAGUUCAAAGAGCUCAUCACUAAAAGAGGGAGUUAUAGAUACUUCUUCAAGAAGGCCAGCUCUGAGUUUGAAUCUCUAGGUGUUGUCUUUGAUGAAAUCGUUGAGGAUUCUGCUUUGCUACCAUUAUGGGAAGGCAAGAUUGUGGCUAAAGUUGAAAAGAAGGAAUAAAACAGAAAAGGCAAAAUGAACACUUCCAACACUUAAAACUGGAGUUAUUCUCUGCUUAACAUGAAACUUUAUUAAUUAAUUAAUUAAUUAAAAAACAGACAUGGCAACUAAAUCUAAAUACAAAACAAAAUAUUUAUCGGCCUCCAACUGUUGUUGACUGCCGAGCACAACAGAAUGAGCUUCUUCUUUGAAUGGAAUGGCAUUGGCCAGAGUUCUGCUUAUGCUGUUGGUACUGCUGUUCAGUGGCCACUGCUGACACAUCCAUCAUCUCUGUAAAGUCCACCUGUUUUCCUUGUACUAUUUUCACCUGAUCAGCCUACGACAACUACCACUACUACUACUACUAAGUACCUUCAUUACUACUUACCAGCGUUUCUGGCCCUUGAGUUGGCUGGGGUGAUGUCAUUCUGCAUAGAACAUUAAUGCCAUGCUUAUUUUUUUUCCUCGCGAUGUAGUGGACAAUAGGGCAAUUAUUAAGGCUUUUUUUUUUUAUUAAGAGAAAAAAAGAAACAACCACCACAAGAACAUCACCACCGAUCUUUGAGAAGAAAGAAAUUUCUAAAACCAAAUCCAAA